AUGAAAAGACUAUUAAUUCUACUAGAGAUUUUAACGAAGAUAGAUUGUUAUUGCCCAGAAGGAUGUAGGAGCUGUGGUCAGACAUCAAAAGCCGAUGGAACCAAAGAUACUGGCUUAUUUUACUGCGACAGUGGGGGACUAACAGAUGUUCCUUAUGGAUACAACACGAAGCAAAUCAGGGACCUAAGGCUGAACAGCAACAAAAUCAAGAAAAUCCACCAGCACGACUUCGGCUUGAAGCUAGAAUGGCCGCUCUUGGAAGUGAUUCAUCUGGAAGAGAAUCAAAUCGAAGAGAUCGAUCGGAACUCCUUCCAAAAUCUCGGAAACAUCACCACCCUCUUUCUUUCCAACAACAACCUCACUACUUUCCUCGACGGCAUCUGGCUCCAGCUCAAAUCGCUCAACCGCCUCCAUCUCGACCACAACCAAAUCGAAGUCAUCCCUAAAGACUUUGGCGAAAUGCCGCAGCUAACAUGGCUGACGAUCACAAACAACAAGAUCUUCCACGUCGACUGGUGGCACUUCAACAAAAUCAAACUCCAACGAUUUCAAAUGGCCAAGAAUCCGAUGCCUUGCAAUUGCGAUAAUUACGAAUUCAGAAUGUGGUCAGACUUGGCGUUUGAAGACGUCAGAUUCGUUGACUUGGGCUUCAUCUGCCGAGGUGUCGAAGGAGGCCCAUCAAAUUGCACAGAACCAAGAGUAAUCAACGCUGGUCACGUGAGAAACGAAGAUGAUGUGUACUCCGAGGCCUACAGGACGAUCUAUACAAUUGGCGAAAACGCAACUCUCUUUUGCAAUUUCACUGGAGACCCGGUUCCAAAAGUGAGAUGGAUAAACGACAAAAUCGGGCUGGAUAAAAAUGAUACCGAUCCAGACGUGACUGUUGACGGCAAUUUAUUCAUUCAGAAUCUCACUCUUGAGCAUACUGGUUCCUACUGGUGCAACUUGGAAACAAUCAGCUUUCGAAAAGUUGAGCGAAAAGUCAAUUUGAAAGUGAUUGAAGGAACUAAGCCGCAAAUCACUGGAAUCUCGACGCAAAUCAACAAAGUAGAAGGCGAAUACGCAAAGCUCUCGUGCAACAUCACUUCCGAACCUCCGCCAGUUAUUUCUUGGUUUUACCCGAACGGCACCAAAGUUGAUGCUUCCACGAAUAUCGACAAGCUAAAUGUGAUGAAUUUGCAGGGAAUGUCGAUUCUCACAGUAAGAGACCUGGACAUUUUGGACCAGGGAAACUACAAAUGCAAGGCACACAACUUCCUCGGCGAUAUUGAGGCUGAAAUCCUCAUGGUCGUCGAAGUCUCCGAACCAGAAGGUGACAACUACUUGCUUCUUGUCGGAGGAAUUCUUGUCGCUUUCGUCGUAGUGGCAAUCUUCAUCGUCGCUGGAACUUACGCGAAGAAAUACAGGCGGAAGGCCCAACUCAGAAGAGAACGAGAACAAGAACAUGUCCGCGCUCAGCCCGUGGACGCCGCAACUUCCAACGCGCUCAAUGCAACAGCAACUGAUACAGAUUUACUUGUACUCAAUACGUACCAAGCAGGUUACUGGCCCGCGCUAGUCAUCAAUACUCUCACUGAUCAACUUCAUACAGUAAAUUUUGAGCAUUCUUACCCAGCAGUGGAAGACAGCUGUGUCGUUCAGUUCCAAGGCUCUUAUUUUGUCCUCGGAGGAUAUUACAGACCUCGAAUGAUAGCAAAAAUAGAAGAUUGCGGAAUUCGAGAGCAGGCCGAGCAACUACCAGUUCCUCACAUAAACGGAAUGUAUGGAUCUUGUACGGUUUACGAGGAAGCUGUUCAGCUUUGCUUCUACGGAGAGCCGCAAAAAGGAUGCGCUUCAUUUACCCCAGAAUCCGGGUCAUUCCCUUUGGAAGGCCGAACAAGAGAAAGCCACGAUUUUGCCGGAAUGAUCACUUUCAAUGAUCAAAUGUAUGUUGUCGGAGGCUGCGGAAAUACUUAUCAAGAUUGCCACAGUAAAGUCGAAAUUUACAAUUCAAAGAACAAGGCCUGGGUUGAAGGCGCGAGUCCCCCAGUAGCUGAGUUUUAUGGAAUGGCCUUGACUGCCGAUGAAAACUCCAUCUAUGCUUUUGGCGGCCGACGCGAUCAUACUAGCUCGCCAAACGAUGUCUUUGAGUAUAGAUAUGGGAAGUGGAAGAUCUUGGGAAAUAUGGUGGAGAAUCAUCGAAAACUCAACUCUGCUUUUCAAAUUGGAGAUGUUGUCUAUUCUGGCUACUGUGGUUUGGAGAAAAACGUUAUCAGUGAAAAUGGAGUCGAGUCAAAAUCUCUUUAUUCGCCGGAGCGAUGCUUAGAACUGUACUACGCGAUUAUGAUGCCAAUGCCUGCCGGAAGCUGUAAAUAA